AGUGCUCAUAUAAAUCGUUGCUAGUGUUUAUUUUUAUUUCCAGGAAUAGUGCGGCUUUCAUUAAAUCCGUUUUUGUAUACAAUCCUCUUCUAUGGAAUCGUAGCAACUCUACCUCGAGAUUGACGCCAUCAUAGAUCGCCUUCCGCCCCUCGUGAUUGACAAUCCCCACGUGGAUUCCUUCUAUCCGGACUCUUCAAUCCCCACGUGGACUCCUUCUUCCCGGACUCUUCAAUCCCCACGUGGACUCCUUCUAUCCAGACUCUUCCAUCCGAGGAGUUAGUUGCAAGAGCACGCAAUGUCCAAGCGCUUCUGGAACCGAAACCAGCGCUCGGUGUCCCUGCCCAGAAGCGAGUUGGUCGAAAUAAACCCCAUGGUGCCCGUCAGGAGCGGCGCAGCGGAGGGAGCAGCCGGACCAUCCUCAUCCGGACCGCGGAUGACGGUGGAGACCCUGUUCCCCACAACUCCCUCGCCGGGAAACGGGAUCACAAAGUUGGAUGGAAGACCCACUUUGGGCGGAACUCUGAAGCAAAGCUCCACGUCUAAGUAUUUGCCGAAGGUGACUGGUGCUCUACCCCCCACCAAGUCAGUUGGGACUUCGAGUAAGACGAGCAACAAGGAAAACCUGCAUCAUCGCAAGCCAGGGAGUCGCCACCUGGCUGCCACUUCCUUAAGACGCCCUCCGCAGAUAGAUGAGCUUGGUCUCAACUGGCGGAAAUCCGUCCAUGUCACCGUUCCCGCCCGGGAGAAUCGUAGUAGCCCCCAGCUGACCAGUACACAAGUUGUCUCCACAAGUUCGAUUGUCAUUUCAAGCGACGACGACGAUUGCCCCGAUUCAAAACUGGCAAACCUUGGGAAAAAGAUCCACACCCUCACAGGAAAGGCACCGAAAAAGGCUGCCAAAGAUCACAGGGCAGGAAUGGUUGCCCCUCCAGGCAGUCAAGGUACCAAGAUCAAGGACACCAGCCAGCUGACCGAUCCCAGGCGCAGCAAAGUGGGUGCAGGCGACUUCGUUUGCCAUGAGAACCUGAAAGAUAAGAUCGCUGUGACGACGGUGAUGCCCAAGUUCUUUGCCCUUUGGGACUCCUCUCAGUCGCCAGAUUGCCAGCCGUCGACCAGUAAAGGCAAACCACCUCAGAACUCGAAGAGUCUGCCGUCCGGUUGCAAAGCUCCGCCGAUCAAGGACGCGGACUUUCUCUUCAUCGAGGACCUGGACAACAGGCGGGUGGUUGAAAACCUGAUGCCCGAGAUGCUGACGCCUCCGGCAGCCUCCUCUUUCCGGCCGCUGGAAAGGAAUCCUCCGACUCGGGACUUGUCUUCCUUGAUGGACGACGACGAUCACUUCCCGCUGAGCAUCUCCGCAGGUGAGAGCUCCGAAAGAGAUCCAUUGUGGGGCUCCACCUGCAUUCGCUGGCAAGAAGGGAAGGAACAGCGCUGGGACAGCGCUUGGAGGAACAACGACCUGUGCGAGAGCGCCUUGCGGGAAGUCCCAGUGCCAGCAGCUCCUCCGGAGAGCGUGGAGAACUGGCGGGCCGUCGAGACCAUCUGCAUGCGAAUGCGGGGCGUCGAUGUGCCGGACAACCGGGGGUUUCUGGAGGAACCGCCCUCCUUCGAUGAGCUGCUCGACGUGCUCGGCAUCUGGGAGCAGGAGGCCCAGCAGGAUGCCAAGAAUUAGUUGCAGAGCAACUAUUCCUCCCCAGAGAUCUACAUAUAUGAGAAGCAUGCUGCGUAAAGAACGUGAACUCUAAAUACCAAAGGUUUUUUUUUGAAGUAAACAUUUUUAACUAUUUUUUUUGAA